AUGGAGCCUGCGACGCCAGAAGGUUGGUCGUCCAAGAUGGGGAUUGUACCUCCGGACGACAUCCGCCGGAGGAUCAGAUUGACACGUGGCAUGCUGGAGAGAGAUAUCCUUGCCUACCUCGGCGACACGGUGUGGGAAUAUCUAGUCCUCCGACAUCAGUACCAGCAGGUUGUCCGGAGCCCAUUUACAGAGAGCCAGGAGGUGCGGACAAUCCGACAAGGAAGGGCAGCUGUCAUGCUCCAUCGCAGUGGGGUUCUCAAUGGGCGAGAGCAAGAAGUGCUUCUUGAAGGUGCUCAAAAAGUGUGGCUGCAGAAGGUUAGAUGGAAUUUUGAGGGCAUCAGGCAAGUCGGCAUCAACAUGUACUGCUGUGCAUUGGGUCUGCGCACUCUGCUUGGAUAUGCCUACAUGGAUGCAGCCUCCUCGGACAAGGACUUGACAAGAAUUAUCACGGAGAUUGGGCUUCUUCAGAAACCUGGCGUGGAAGAUCAGAUGCUGGCAGAAAUCACCGAAGGAAUUUUUGACCCUUCCCUGCGUCCUCCCGGCAACUACUUCUUGGCAUUGGCCCCUCUGGGUCAUGCAGCGCUGCGGUUAUAUGUCAGCCGCUACCUCUGCGAAAGGCCGCUCAUUGCAAGCGAGUUCAUUUACCGAGUCAAGCUUGCGCUGCGACAGGAGGAACUGGACGCUGCAUCGAUCGCCUUCCUGCGUGACAGUGCUACUGCAGAAGAGGCACGCUUGAUGCAGGGAGCUCGAGAACAGGGCGACAGUUACGCAUUCGCCUUUGAGUGCCUGUUGGGCCACCUUGCUCUCAAGCUGCCGUACCGGCUCCACCAAAUCGUGUCUGAAUUUGGCUGGGCACAGCCUCUGGAAGGAACGUAG